AUGGAAAUCGCAGAGAUGGCGAAGAAGGUCGCCGCGCUCGAGGCGGAGCUCGCCGCCAAGUCCUCCCGCAUCGCCGACCUGGAGGCUAGGGUCUCCUUCCUCGAGGCCGGGAACGCGCGCUUGAGGAAGGUCCUGUUCAGUGACCGCCUGGAAGAGUGGAUUGAUGUUGAUCUCAGCAAGGGGGAGAGCGUGGAAGAGGGCGGCGUUCCUGCGGUCCCAGCUCCUGUGAAAUUUGCCGUGCGGGUGGCGACUGGCCAGACUGAUGACAAAGUCGAGAUUGUGGAAGCAGAGGGAGGUGGUGCAGGCGACCAUGGGAGUAUUCCCUGUGAUGUCCAUGUGGGUCUGGAGGAUGAUGAUGUGUCAAUCACGCCCGGAGGUAAAAAUCGUAAUGCAGGAGCACGGGUGAUCAGUGACAGUGAGGAUGACGAUAAAGAUGAGAGUCAUGGAGGUCAUGGAAAUCAGGAGGUGGGCGUCGCAAGAAGUAGGAAGCGUGCAUUGCGUGGAGUCAGUGACAGUGAGAGUGAGGAGGAGGAGGAUUGUGAACUACUCUAUGAGAUGGAAGGGUGUUCUACUCCACCAAAAACAGGGCGCUCGGCUCGCUUUGUUAAGAGCCAAGCAAAGAGAAGCCGACCCGCACGUCGAGUGCUUGAGCUUGUUGAACCCAAGGAUCAUGCACAGAGCGAGGAUGGUUCAGAUGAAGAUGACAGUAUGGAUGAAUUUAUAGUAGAUGAUUCGGAUUGUUCUGAAAAUUCUUCUGAUUGUGCUGGAGAAUCCUCUGCAGAAAUAGAACUGUCCGACAACGAGGAAAACUAUGGAGAAAUUAUGGAUAGGAUACGCGGUAAGAAGAACGCCAAGAAUAAGGACUGGGAGACCGAGGCAGAGAUGCUAUCAGCAUUUGAUGAGCACCGUGAACUCACCUUGAAAGCUGUAUGUGCCCUGUACCGGCAGCAAACUGAGGAAGAACAGGCAGAAAAGGCCACUAUUGUGCAUAACAAAAGGGGAUUUAGCCAGAUUGAUGCGCCAAGGGGUUCUCGCGUAGCGCAGUUUCUUCUGGAUGGCGAUGCUUUUGGGCCUCUUAAGAAGACUGCACAGGACCUAAAAAAGUAUGACCGAUACGGUCUUCAGUUCUGUCACAAGAUGGCUUUUCGUUACUCAAAGCAGUUGUUCGCAAUAUAUCAGAGCAAGGAGGAUCCCUACUUUCCAUGAGUCUGGUAUUACUUAGAUCCAUAUGCUGACUUCUCUGUGACACUUGUAAUAUUUUGCCUUCUCAGGUAGCCUAUCUCAGUCCUGUUAUAUAGCUUUAGUCAUUGUUUCUUUCGGAAGGCAUGUUAAAGUUUGAUCUCGAAGAUGCAACCUUCAUGCUAUGUAAAUAUCACU